UGUACGAGUAAUUGAAGAAUAUAUGCUCUUUGAACCGACUAUUAACACUAUAAAUUAAUACAUAGAGAAUCAAGUAUUUUCAUCAAAGCACCAGCAUUUGCAAAAUCAUACACAAACCUCUCCUUUCCUUGUCCAGAAAACCUACCUUCCGUUUGACCUCAAGUAGAACAGAAAUAUGAGUGUAGAAAUUUUGGAUGGUGCGACCAUAGUGAACUUCCUUCAGGAUGAGGAAGCAUUCAGUGUAUCAGUAAGAAACCGUUUUGCUCGCCUUGACACAGACAAUGAUGGCCUUCUCUCGUAUGCAGAGAUGCUGAAGGAGCUCCAGAGCCUUAGGGUGUUGGAAACCCACUUCGGUAUUGAUGUAGAGCCAGACCCAGAUGAGCUUGCUCAGGUGUAUGAAUCCUUGUUCGUACAAUUCGAUCACAACUUGAAUGGCACGAUUGAUCUGGAUGAAUUCAAGAAGGAAACCAGGCAGAUGAUGCUUGCCAUGGCUGAUGGAUUGGGUUUCGUGCCAGUUCAGAUGGUCCUGGAAGAAGACAGCAUCCUCAAAACAGCUGUUGAAAGGGAGACCAAUAAACUAGCUGCUUGAGUACUACUUUACUCAACCUUCCGAUCAACAGAGUUCUACUAGAAUUGUAAUAUUUUAAUGUCCUGUUUUGUUGCCAUUACUGUUUUCAAGCUGUUUUGUUUUUUCUCUAAAUUACUCACGGAAUGAACUAUACUGUCUCAAUCUGACCCUUUACAUGUCCAAAGGAAAAUUUGCGCCUGAGAAUAGUAAAAGUUACGACUCUAAAUCCGAAAACCUCCUUAGAACCAAUCUUUUUUUCAUUUCACACCCUACUAAAUACACUUCUUUUACCACUCUUUCAUUUACAUCACAU